CCAAACUGUCCCUUAAACUCUUCCGUCAUUUCCUUCUAUAUAUACAACACUCCAGUACUCGGCCCUCGAUAUUUUGUGCAAUGGCUUCUCCAGUGGUCGAAAGUCCCAAACACCGUCUUCUCCAAGCGGCUUCGGACGGAAAAAUCAAACUCCUCAAGCGGUUGGGAGAAGAACUGGACUUUGGGGAGGGAUUGGCGAAGACGUUUUUGCAAGUUAAGGACGCUGGAGGCAGGACGGCGCUCCAUUUCGCUGCGGCGGAAGGGAAGACUCAUGUGUGCAAGUAUUUGGUUCAGGACUUGGGGCUCGAUGCGAACUUGAAAGACCGUAAAGGUGAUACCCCUUUGAGUCACGCAACUCUAGGGCAGCAAAACCAAACAGUGGCUUGGCUUGCUGCAAAUGGUGCAAAUCCGAACUUGGGAAAUGCCGAAGGAUUUUGUGCUCUGCAUUAUGCUGCUGAAAAAGGUUUAAAGGAUCUUAUGCGGCUAUUGAUAUCGAAAGGUGCUAAAAUAGAAGCUGAAUCUCAUGCUGGAACACCACUUCAAUGUGCUGCAGCUCAUGGAAGGAAAGAGGCUGUGAAAUUGUUGUUAGAUAGGAAAGCUAAUCCAAAUACGGUUUGUCAUCGUAUUUUUACACCGCUGGGGAACUCAAUCCUUGCCGGGUCGUUGGAAUGCGCUUCUCUGUUGCUUAAGGCAGGAGCUGAUCCAAACCUUGAUUCGAACAGACUGAAUCCUCUUCACUAUGCUGCUGCUAAAGGGGAAUCAGAAAUCAUUAAAUGCAUGUUAAAGGCUGGAGCAAAUCCUAACGUUACUGAAACUGAUGGUUUGACGCCAUUAGAAAUUGCAGCCCUCCAUAGUGACCAUGCGGCAGUGAUGCUGCUCUUACCUGUGACUUCUCGAAUUCCAACUUAUCCUGAUUGGAGCUUGGUUGGAAUAAUGAAGUUCGUGCACUCAGAUGAAGGUAGAAGACAGAGGGAACUAAAGAAAAUGGAGAUGUUUCUGCUGUCAAAGUCUAGGGGAGAAGAAGCAUUCAAGAGAAAGGAUUGUGUGGAUGCUAUAUAUUGGUACUCACAGGCAAUUGUUGCAUCUCCAUGUGAUGCAACGGUAUUUUCCAAUAGAAGCUUGUGCUGGGCCCGCUUGAAUGAAGGAAGUCGUGCUUUGUCUGAUGCUGAGGCUUGCGUUGCGCUGAGGCCUGAUUGGGGAAAAGCACACUACAGGGAGGGUGUAGCAUGGAAACUACUCGGAAAUCUUCCUAUGUCGGCUGAGGCAUUUGCUGAGGGUUUGAAAGUGGAUCCUGAAAAUAAGGAGCUAAAAGUUGCUUUCAGGGAAGCUGUUGAAGCCGAGUAUGGAAUGCCCGUGUCUGAGGGAAUCCGAAUUAUACACCUGGAACUGUAAGUGACGGCCCGCAUCUCAUCGAUGGUUUUGUUCCUGGCUGUGGUGAUCUAGGGUGGUUUCGUUUUCUAUGCCAGAAGUGGUGUAAAGAGUAGGCCUCUUUCUUGGUUUUUGCAUGUUAGUAGUAUAUAUGUGCUCUCUUUUGUUGGGUCUCGGUUGGCCUGCUUCCUUUUGUAUAAAGUAUGUGAUAUGUGGAAAGACUUGUGCCCCGCUGACAAUAUCUGAUACUUUUCGUAAGCAUUAUGGCUAUGGAGAAAUUUCCCCCUUAA